UAUUCGUGCCACGUUGAUCGGUAGGAUUUACGUGGAUUUUAAUAUGUCAUUUUUACUUAUAUAGUUGAAUUCUGUGCAUACUAACUUCAUACACACUUACGACUUCUCAGUGUAACAAGAAGACUCUUUCUAAAAUAUAUGCGUUUUAGAAGUAAACAGAGACUACACACCUAGCAAAAUGAGAAUCAAAGAAAUUGAUCGGACUGCAAAUUUGGCAUGGUCACCAGCAACGCAGUAUCCAAUUUAUCUGGUGACAGGAACGGCAGCCCAACAGCUUGAUGCAACAUUCAGCACCUCCUCUGCACUAGAAGUAUAUGGAUUGAAUUUGGCUGAAGCGACACUAGAUAUGCCAAUGUUGGCCUCUAUGCCAUCGGACUGCAGGUUUCAUAAAGUUCUGUGGGGGUCCCAUGGAAUCGGUGGGAAGGAGACGCCAUCUGGUUUGAUAGUAGCUGGAACCGACAAUGGGUCUAUUCAGGUCUAUGACGCAGCUUCCAUGUUGUCUUCCAAGAAGGACUGUCUUGUUUUUGAGAAGUCGCAGCACACGGGAGCCGUUAAAGCCCUCGAUUUCAAUCCAUUUCAGCCAAAUCUUCUUGCUUCUGGUGGUUCUGAAUCAGAGAUUUUGAUCUGGGACAUGACGAAACCGGACACUCCUAUGACACCUGGACAGAAGUCGCAGCCACCAGAAGAAGUAGCCUGUGUGUCUUGGAAUCGACAAGUGCAGCAUAUUUUGGCGUCCACGUUCACCGCUCGCUGUGUGGUGUGGGAUCUGAGGAAGAACGAACCGAUCAUCAAGAUCAGUGACAGCAUGUCCAGGAUCAAGGCUAAAACUGUGGCCUGGCAUCCUGAUGUAGCUACUCAGUUAUGCAUUUCAUCGGAGGACGACCACACUCCAGUUAUACAGCUCUGGGACCUCCGCUAUGCCACAUCGCCUCUCAAAGUGCUAGAAAGUCACCAGAAAGGUAUUCUGUCCAUGGCCUGGUGUCCUCAGGAUGCUGACCUGUUGAUGACCUGUGGAAAAGACAAUAGAAUCUUAUGUUGGAAUCCCAACUCAAAUGUGCCGGGUGGAGAAGUAGUCUAUGAACUGCCGACCAGCAAUCAGUGGUGUUUCGAUGUGCAGUGGUGUCCACGGAAUCCUUCCAUUAUCUCCAGCUCAUCGUUUGACGGUCAUAUAACAGUGUACUCUCUCCUAGGAGGUGGCCAUCCAAUACAGCCCAGCAACAAGGUUGCAGAUUCGUUUGGUACAGCCGACCCAUUUUCACAACCACAGGUCCAUGUUCCCUCUCUCGAGCAGGAUAAAGUGAUGCCAUUACAAAAACCACCGAAAUGGCUCAGAAAACCAGUGGGAGCUUCUUUUGCUUUUGGCGGGAAACUGGUGAGCUUUAUUCACGAGAAAGCUCAGAAUCCGCAGCAGGUGGUUCCGAAACAGGUUCACAUCAGCCAGGUUAUCACCGAGGGUGAGCUGUUGAGUCGGUCCGAACAGUUGGAAUCCGCACUGCAGAAAAACCAGGCUACUGAGUUCUGUGCCAUGAAAGCUGCCAACAGUUCGGACAACAUGCAAGAAAACAUCUGGAAUUUCCUACUUGUGAAUUUCGAGAGUGAACCAAGAACCAAAUUCCUUCAGUUGCUAGGAUAUGACAAAAAUGAACUGGCAAGAAAGGUUGAGGAACAUAUUGGAGCAGAUGGAAGCUUGGCUCAGAGUCGAGGUAUUGAUGCCACGGAGCUCGCUGAAAAAAUGUCCAUGCUAAAUGCAUCAGAUUCUUUGAAGGCAGGGGCUCUCAAUGCUGGUGGGCAGGCAUCUCCAAGUGUAGGAUCAAAGACUCCUGGCAGUCGUGACGAACUCUCAGAUGGAUCGGCAGCUUUCGACGAGAUCGCUUCAUCUCAAAACACCGGGAUCCAGACUCCUCUAGCUAUUCCAUCCGAUAAUGAUGCGGAUGGCUUGAUGACCCAGGCUCUGCUGUCUGGUAACUUUGAGGCGGCCGUCGAGAUGUGUCUGAGUGAGAACAAGAUGGCGGAGGCCAUUCUCCUCGCCAUUGCCGGGGGACCCGAGCUGUUGACCAGGACGCAGAAGAAAUACUUCCAGAAGAACAAGAGCAAUCUCGGAAGACUGAUUUCCUCCAUCGUUACUCAUGACUGGAGCCACAUUAUUCAGACCUGUGAGCUAGACAACUGGAAGGAGGCACUGGCCAUCAUUUUAACCUACUCUUCAGCUGACGAGUUUGCAAAUCUAUGUGAUUCUUUGGCGCAUCGUCUCGAGAGUGAGAAGGACGGAGAACUCUCACUGUAUGCCAGUCUGUGUUACAUUUGCUCGGGUAAUGUGGAAAAGCUGGUUGAGAACUGGGUUCGAAACACGGAAAACAGUAAUGCUCCAUUAGCACUGCAGGAUCUUGUUGAAAAAGUGAUGAUACUGAGAAAAGCGGUAGAGAUGUCACGGGGCCAGGCGCCCGAUAUCCCGAGUGGAUACCUGUCUGAUCGGCUGAGUCACUACGCUGGGCUUCUAGCUGCGCAGGGCAGUAUAUUUACAGCCAUCGGAUAUCUACGCAAUACAAAUGAGUCAAGCCUGAUUGCCUUGCAAGACCGGCUGUUCAAAGCUUUUGGCCAGGCUGUUCCGGGAAUCCAGACUCCUCAGUUUCCCUUUCCCCGUGUUGACGUGCAGCCGGAAGGAGCCAAGGCCCAGCCUCAGGUUCAGAGUCACGUGGCGCAGGGCCAGAAACCGGUGCAGCUACACCAGGCGCAAGCAAGAGGCAACGUGCAGACGACCACGACGCCAAGUGUUAACUACUACAAUCCCAGCGCUUACCAGGGGAAGAUCGCUCCUAUGAAUGGACCGACCACACCCACGUAUACCCCAGGCCCAGUAGUCAGCUCAGCAGCUCCAAGUCAUAAAGGUGGUCUACCUCACAAGUACCCAUCCUAUCCGCAGGUGUCGGCAGCAUACGGACUUGAAACAUACAACCAGCAGCCUCCGUACAUGCAGCCAGAAUAUAACUCGAUGAACCACAUGGGUGAACCGUAUGGUGCUCCAACAUCCCAGAUGGGUUCAGCUCCCCAGCAAGGCAUUUACAACCCCACCUCAACACCAGGUGGGCCCUACGUUCCUCAACAGUCGCCGGCGAUGAAUCCCUCUCAUCCAGUCAUGCCGUCUUACCAGGAUGUCCGAGCUGAAACGGCGUGGAACGAUCCUCCACUCAUUUCGAAAAAGAAUCCAACUGUAACGUAUGACCAGCAAGCUGCGAUUACGUCCCCGAUUUAUGGAGCAUCACAGCCGAAUGAACAGGUGCCACCCGGUGCACCGAUGAAUCUAUACAACCCACAAGAACACCAGCCGCCACCACAGAGACCCAUCAUUUCCCACAUGACUUCAGCUCCCAGCGCACAGAUUGGGCAGAAGCCGGCGGCCCCAGCCCCAGAACCCCCGAAACCAGUCGAAAAAGGCCCGGUACCCCCUGAUCACCAGAUCCUACAGGAGAUUUUUAACGGUCUAGUCAAAAACUGUUCACAAGUGGCAACGAAUGCACAAAUGAAGAGAAAGCUGGAAGAUGUUUCAAGGAAAUUAGAACUUUUAUAUGAUCGACUGCGAGAAAGUUCACUCUCUUCCAGCGUGUUGGUUGGUCUUCACCAAAUAAUCCAGGCCAUUCAGCAGUACGACUACACCUCGAGCCUGUCGGUGUACACCCAGCUGGUGAGCCAAGGAAACUUCUCCGAGAUCAGCAGUUUCAUGCCCGGCAUCAAAGUUCUACUGCAGUCGGCUGCCCAGAUGCAGGUCUACGUCAAGUGAUCUGUGAUGGAGACUAUAGCACGACGGUCUAUUUAUUGUGUGUGGAGAGAAAUUCUUUACUGUCACAGUUAAUUUACAUCAGUCAAAUAUUAAACAGAUGCAAUGGUUCAUGUAUAAUGGAGUGGGGGAUGGUUCUGGGUUUUUUUUAUUGUUUUAAAGUUUGUUAAGGUGUUAAAGACAAACCAGGAAUUAGAAAAUUGAAACAUGGUUUGAAGCCUACACCACCAAAUACCUCUAUUAUCAGAUAUGUUAAAAAUACUUUCAGAAAAUAUUGUGGGAUUUUACUUGUAGGUCCAAAUCGGCGAACAACCAUCUCUAGUUUUUGUGUCUCAUGUUUACGGAGUCAGCUUUUGCUUUAAAGUCCUCUUAUGUUAAUGUUUAAUGUUAAAGUUUUGCGUUUAGCUCAGUUUCUCACAAACUAUAAGUCCUAAAGCAAUGAAACUUGGUUUAUGGUUGCACCGAUGGAUGUUUAUCACAGUGCACUAAAAAAACCAUGUUGUGAUAUGCGAGACAUUUUAUUCUACAGAAUUCUUGUUUUAUACUGCAUUAUAAUGCCAUACAAUACUAUAAAAAUAACAACACAUACACAGACAAACUGACUGACUGACUGACUGACAGACAAAUAGUUUACUGGAUAUCUGUUGAUUAUGUAUACAUAAUGUAUAAAUAGAGAAAACCACAAAGAUAUGUUGUAGAUAAUAAGUUUAGCUGAAUGUUUUAACUGUUCAGUUUGAGUGAAGUAGCCAAGUUUCUGUUACAUUAUGUCCAUAUAUGUUUAAUACUCUCUCAAGAACGACUAAUAUUAAUGAAUAUUGGUAGGAACAAGAAGUGUUGUUUAUUGGUUUGAUUCAAAAUACAAGAUGUCCACCAUGACAGUUGGCUUGCUGCAAUAUUUUCAACAACCUGUGAAGAACUGGGUGAAUUUGUGAUGAGACUUUGUAAACAUAUUUAGCAAGUACCUAAGGGAAUGUUACCUUUUUCUUUUUGUUUGUUUUGUUGUUACUGUUGUUGUUUUUCAUUGUCAGCUUUCUCAAAGAUUUAACAUUGUUGCCAUAUCUUUGAUAUUUCGUUUUUCACCAGGCUAUUUUUAGCAAUAGAUUUUGGCCAAAAUGUGGUGCAUUUAUUCCAUCUCCGAGUUUUCUAAUAAUGUCAUCUUUGGACUAAUUUGGGGAUUUGUCCAGGCAUUAUGUGGGUCCGAACAUAGGCCCCUUUCCAAAUGAAAAUGUCACUGAAAAGUACCAAUUUUUAUGCUAAAAAAUCCCAAUAUAUGUAUAUAUAUUUCAUUACAUUUGUGCUAAUAAAUUAAUUUAACAGUAGUCUACUGCAUUAUUCAUUGGCCUGAAAAACAUAUCCCAAGUAUAAUUUACUCAUGCUAAUUGUCCCAUUCCCAUCAGACAUGGGACCAUGGCGAAAAAUCCUGGAUAAAUCCCUGUAAUUGUAAACAUUCACAGUGUAUUUGAAACUCUUCUGUUUCGAUGAGGCGAAAUCCCAGAGUACCUCUCAUAGUGGUGUGGCCAGAAUGGGUUCUCAGCCAUUCACGAACAGUUUCAAAUACACCGUAAUAGUCCACGUCACGGCUCUUUGUUAUUUAUUAUUUUUAUUUUGGUUUUAUUUGAAUAGGUUAGUAACUUGGCUGCUAUAGAGAGCAUAGCGUAGGAUAAAUCAGAUGUGUUUAUUUGAAUGCAGUGAUGAAUGAAUGAUUACUACUAGAGUUGUAUAUGUCAAAAGGACCAAAUGUUUGACAUCCAGUUACCGAUGAUUAAUAAAGCAAUGUGCUUUAGUGGUGGUGUUAAGCAAAACAAACUUUUUGUUAGAGUUGUAUAAAUCAUACCAUAUUGACAACAGAUUCUCAAGUUUGCCAUUAGUAGGUCUACUAGGAAGAAUCUGACGGUCUGCUUGGAUGUCUGGUAAUUAGGAGCACUUCUGGUUAAUUUUCUCAAGUUAUAUAUUUAUUGUUAGUAAACAAAUAUAUAUAGCUAAUAAUCUGAUAAGACGAACCUUGUUGGUUAAGGGGGAGCUAACAUUAUCACUCCCUCAUCCACUUUAAUAUUAAAGGCUUCUUUUUUCAAUUUUUUUUGAGAAAGCAUUAUUUUGUUGUUUUUUAAUGCUAUGUUAGUGUCUGUAUGUUGCUAAAGUGUUUUAAGUAAAUCGUUUAUUUGUCCUUUAUUUUUCACCUGCCACUUUAUUACUGUACAGAUCACAAUUUUUUAAAAGUAGUAAUCUUGCUUAAUCAAUUUUGUAAAAAUUAUUUCUUGUUGCAGGAGUACCUUAGUUUUAACACAUUAUUAUGUAAAUCCUGCAUGUGUAAUUGCUUAAUUAAACUACAACUUGUGCAACAUUAUUGUAUUAUUCCAAAUAUAACAUGAUUUAGGUUGAAACCAGCAAUUAACACCACAAAAACGUCAUUGCAAGUAGUGUAUUCAUAGUAAACUAUAGAUCCUAAUAGUAAUCACAUUGAUUUUUGUAAAUAAAAAAAUCUAGUUUUCUGGCAUAGCAUGGUCUGUAGAAAGAAAGCCUAAUUUCAGUGCAUCAGAAUUGGAAGGAAAGAAAAUGGUUUAUUUAACGACGCACUCAACACAUUUUAUGUACGGUUAUAUGGCGUCAGACAUAUGGUUAAGGACCACACAGAUAUUGAGAGAGAAACCCGCUGUCGCCACUUCCU